AUGUCACGAGCUGCAAGGAGAUGGUGCACGUGUAUUCGAAGCUAUAGCACGGCUCCAGAUCCUCCUAUUACAAGGCUGUCAUCCGUCUUUGUACCAAGCUAUUCGGAGGCGCCAUCUACUGGAUCCGAUGCACGUGUUACAUCUGGCCAUGAUUAUCUUGUUCGUGCUGGAUUCUUACGCCAGUCCUCUGCUGGUGUUUUCACGUUUUUACCUCUUGGUUUACGCGUAUUGGCCAAGCUAGAACGGAUCAUUGAUGAGGAGAUGCAACGAAUAGGUGGCCAGAAGCUAUCUCUACCGACAUUGCUACCAGUAGAUGCUUGGGAAAAGUCUGGAAGGCUAGCAUCGACGGGUGCUGAAAUGUUUCAACUACAAGAUCGCAAGAAGAGCAAGUUUGUAUUGGCUCCAACACACGAAGAAGAAAUCACCCAACUAGUGGCAUCAUCAGUAUCGUCACAUCGACAGUUACCACUUCGACUCUACCAAAUAGGUCGCAAACAUAGAGAUGAACUCAGGCCGCGAGGCGGAUUACUACGUGGUCGUGAAUUAUUGAUGAAGGAUUUGUACACGUUUGAUUUGGGUGAGGUUGCGGCACUGCAGACAUAUGAUCACGUCUGUGACGCAUACAAUCGUGUGUUUACCAGAAUUGGAGUGCCUUUCACUACGGCUGAAGCUGAUACUGGAAAUAUCGGUGGCACACGAUCACAUGAGUAUCACUAUGCAUCAGAAGCUGGUGAGGAUACCGUACUAGCUUGUGGAUCCUGUGGUUAUGCAGCCAACGUAGAACGAGCACGAUCCAUACCGAUAGAAGCAAUCCCAAACCCAUCAAACACCACCGGUGUAAAUCAAAAUGUGCUACCAAAAGACUCGCAAUUCUUGUCUAAGCUCACAGACCUGCACGUCUGUGCAGAUGCAUCAUACAAGAAUGUUGUGUUGGUAUUGCUACGACCAGGAGACAAACCGAAUAGUAUAAAAAUCAAGAAACAUCCUAAAUUGCACAAGUCACUGAUAUUGCUGGAACGAUUGCUGCCUAAUCAGAUUGAAGAGCUAGUGACAAAAGCGGAGAAUGUGGUCAUCGCUGUAGAUUCGGCGGUUUUACCAAAGCUACCUGACGACUCCUCGAUGAUUCUAGAUGAUUUCAGGGAAGCUGAACAUGGUGAAGGAUGUCCAUCUUGUAAAACCAAUAAACUCAAAGGUCACAAAGCUAUAGAGGUCGGCCAUACAUUCUACUUGGGAACUCGAUAUUCAGUACCACUAAACGCCACAUUCCGCUCAUCACAAAACAAGGACGAGCAUUUCGUAAUGGGGUGCUACGGAAUUGGAGUAUCGCGAGUUAUUGGAGCCGUAUCUGAAAUAUGUAAAGAUGAUCAGGGACUCGUAUGGCCCGAUGCACUUGCACCGUAUACAGCAUGUAUAGUACCCUCUGUUCCUGAUUUGUUGAGCGAACCAAUAGCCAGACGAGUAAUCGAACUGGUUGCUCAACGGAUGCCAAAUGAUGUAAUAUUGGAUGAUCGGGGUAACAGUGUCGCGAGAUUUGGGUAUAAGAUGAAGGAUGCUGCGCUAGUGGGCUACCCAUAUGUGAUUGUGCUUGGAAAGAAACUGGAACAGGAAGGGCUUGUCGAGGUACAUGAACGUGCAACAGGUAUAAAACAUAUGGUUAUAUUUGAUCACAUAGUAAAGGGGUUGGAAAAGAUUAUGAAAAGCCGUGGACUGGAGUAUCAAACGUCAAAAAGUGGGGAAGCAGUUAGACAAAUAGGUGAUCAACCCUCAUGA